UGCGUCUUUACCCCUGGUUAGAUUUGGGUCGGCGGGGAAGCGCCGCUCUUGGUGGGGCUGGGAUUAUAAAAAAAAGGAGUGGGGGGGAAAGGGACUUAAAACCACGUUGCCCUAUCGCUAAUCGUCUACUUUGGGGCACAGCCAAAGAAAAUGGCUUCCGGAGAAGAAUAUAGACCCCUUGUGGAGACUAACCCAGAGACGGAAUUGAAUGCUGCCGGAAGACCUUCUCAGCUGGAGAUUUAUUUGAGCAAAGUCCAAAACCACAAUCUCUACUUGGCCACUUUCGCCGCUGUCUUAGGACCCCUCAGUUUUGGCUUCGUCCUGGGCUACAGCUCGCCGGCUAUCCCUAGUUUGAAGCGAAGUCACAACUCAGAGCUAAGGCUAGAUGACACCCAAGCAUCGUGGUUUGGGUCUGUGGUUACGCUGGGGGCCACUGCUGGAGGGACACUUGGGGGAUACGUGGUGGACAAAAUUGGCCGGAAACUUAGCCUAAUGCUCUGCGCAAUCCCGUACGUGUUUGGUUUCUUGGUCAUUAUCUCAGCCCAGAACAUCUGGAUGCUUUACCUGGGACGACUGCUGUGUGGCUUGGCCAGUGGUGUCACAUCCUUGGUAGUUCCGAUAUAUAUAUCUGAAACAUCUCACUCUAAGAUCCGAGGAGUCCUGGGCUCAUGCGUUCAACUGAUGGUCGUGACUGGCAUCCUGGGAGCUUAUCUAGCAGGGAUGGCUCUGGAAUGGCGCUGGCUGGCAGUGCUGUGCUCCGUCCCUCCCUGUUUCCUGCUGGGGCUCAUGGCUUUCAUGCCCGAGACCCCUCGCUUCCUGCUACGCCAGAACCAGCAGUCGGAAGCCAUCGCGGCCUUGCAAUUCCUGCGGGGCCCACUGGUGGAUCACGAGUGGGAAUGCCGAGAGAUUGAAGCCAACGUCAACGAACAGCAAGAAAUGAGCCUUGCCGAGUUCAAGAACCCCUCCAUCUACAAGCCGUUCCUGAUUGGAGUAGCCAUGAUGUUCUUCCAGCAAGCAUCCGGGAUCAAUGCCUUGAUGUUUUACGCGGAAACGAUCUUUGAAGAGGCUAACUUUAAGAACAGCAGUGCUGCUACCGUCAUCGUUGGCUCUAUCCAAGUUGUCUUCACCGCAACGGCAGCUCUCAUUAUUGAUAAAACCGGGCGAAAAAUUCUUCUCAUUAUCUCGGGAAUUAUCAUGGCUGCCAGCGCCACAGUGUUUGGGAUCUAUUUCAGAAUUACCGUCCCCAGCCCCAGCAAUUCCUCCCAUCUCCAGUUGCUGGACGCCCCCCUUAUGGAGGAAGGACACCCCCUGGCCUGGUUAGCAGUGCUGAGCAUGAGUUUCUUCAUUAUGGGUUUUGCCUUGGGCUGGGGCCCCAUCCCCUGGCUGGUGAUGUCCGAAAUAUUUCCCCUGAGGGCCCGAGGAAUCGCCAGCGGGGCCUGCGUCCUCACCAACUGGCUCAUGGCUUUCCUGGUCACCAAGGAGUUCCACGACCUCACGGUCUUUCUAACCCCUUAUGGGACCUUCUGGUUAUUCUCAUCCACCUGUUUGCUCAACGUGAUCUUUACCAUCGUCUGCGUUCCCGAAACUAAAGGGAAAAGCCUAGAAGAGAUCGAGGCGCAUUUUCGCACGCCGCGUUAAGGAUCUCAACGCGCGAUAUUUUAUUUUUUUGCCCCUUCAUCGUGGAUUUCCAUAAAUUGGUGGCGAAGACAUUGGUUGGGGAGGCCAAAAGACUCCUGUUUGUUUUGUUUUUCCGAGGAGAAUGAUCUGAUGAAGAUGGCACCGCGGUUCGGGCCAGUUCCAGAAAGGAGCGAAAAUGACACUAACGAAAGCGGUGCUCCUUUUUCUGAUGUGCAGGCCCAGGGGGCUCAGGUUUCCUGAUGUAAAUCUUUUGACAUUUGAAACGAGGAUACUGUUUGAGUGUGGCUUCAAUAAAUGACUGUUAAAAACCA